CAGCCGCCCAACAGCGAAGCAACUUUGGUCAACAAGACAAGCAAGCAAGCAACAAGCAAGCAAGCAACGAAAGCACCCUUCCCCACCAGUCUUCCGCUUCAUCCCUCAUCACACGAUGGGCCAGAGUGCAAGCAACCCGCUUGGAGGCGGGCGGGUGAAGCUGGAGGAGCGGAUGCAACGAGCCAGGGCAACAGGCGUGCUGUCCUUGCAGAACCUGAACCUUUCCAAGGCGCCAGUCCAGAUUGCGGACUUGAAGACGCUGCGGAGCUUGAGUCUGCGCAACAACAAAAUCUCAGAGAUUCCCGUGGAGUUUGCACAGCUGGUUGCAUUGAAAACGCUUCACCUGGACAGCAAUGCCAUCGCCAAUCUGCCUGACGUGCUCAGCAACUUGAAGAAGCUGGAAACACUGACGCUAACGCAAAAUGCACUCGUGCACGUCCCUCGGUGCAUCCUGUCCCUCAACAAGUUGAAGCAGAUUGACCUCAGCCACAACAAGUUGACGGUGGUUCCAGCGCAAUUGCUCAAGUUACCAAACCUGGAAGUGUGCAACCUUUCCCACAACAAGAUCACUCAAUUACCAGAUGAGUGUGACGAGUGCAACUUGGCGGAGCUGAAUGUGGGCUACAACCAGCUCACCACCCUCCCCGCUUCCCUUACCAAGUGCCCCAAGCUCAAAGUCCUUCGUUGCGAACACAACAACAUUGCGUUGGGCGGUAUCCCAAAUGCGCUGCUGGCGGACUCGAGCAUCUCGCUGCUAGUCACGGAGAACAACCCCGUCACCGCCGCGGAGCUGCAGCAGCUGCCCGGCUAUGAGGCAUACAGCCAGCGCUACACAAACGUCAAGAAGAAGGGCGACUGACUGGACUUGCUGCGAUGUGUUUUCAUGUGCUUUGUAUGUGUUGCUGCUGUUUCACGAUUGUGUACUUCUGUGUGUGUGCAUGCAUGAUGUGACGAUGAUGAUGCUGUUGCUUCUAAAUGAAUCAUGAAACGUCUUCGCUUCCCUGCCCUCCACCACGCCAUGUGUGCGGGCCAGUGAGAUGUGCACAAGCGUGAAUCUUGGUACAAUUGGUCUGGAGCGAUCAGCCAUUUACUUCCCGCACAACAUGAACAACCAACGUAAGAAACAAAGGUGCA